CAUCCAGUGUUGCCAGAUUGAAUUGUGUUUUCUCGGUUACUGCUUUUGUUUGGAUUGUGACUGCGAAAAUGUGCAUGGACAGAACAUAAUUUGGUUUAGCUUAAACAUUUGAGGAUAAAAACAGUUCUUUAUUCAUUUCUCGUCUGAUGUAAUGUUGCCAUGCUUACAUUUUAUGUGAAAAAUGUGGUGUUUUUCGGGGAAUAAAGAAUUGAGGACAGUGAUUAUUCCAACUCAAUCUGGCAACCCUGGUGAGUUUCGUCGCAGGCUCUCCGGCUUCAGCUCGCUGCCGCUUCACCUCUUUAUCUCCAUUCAGCUGUGAUAAUCCUCAGUGCGGCGCCUGCGCUUAUUAGCAGCUUCGAAGGGUUUUAUACUCCAGACGCGUUACAACCGGAGCAUAGUAAUAAGUCCUGCGGGGUGAUUUAGUGUAAAAGUUGUGUGUUGUGUUUCUUCAUGGCGCUGUGGAGAGUUAGUUAGGUAGUUAGUUAGUUAGUUAGUUAUCCGCAGCAGGAGUUUUAGCCUCAGUGUCAGUGAGCUCGGGGAAGAUAAACAUGGAUGACGGGCCACGGUGAUGGCUCUGAGGAGUUAAGGCCCUCUCUCUUCUACUGGCUCUUUGUUUUAAAACACCAUUCAUGCGUUUGAUCCCCAGGCUCUGGAGACGUGACGUGCCCUUGUCAGAGCGGUUCGGUGAGGCCUCAGUAGCUACAAUGGUUCCAGGAUCUCCAUCUACAGUGUCCCCUGCUGGACCCAACAUCUCGUGGCUCCCUGAGGCUCCACUUCUCACCCCUGAUCAGCCCAUCUUCCUUAUGACCACCACAGCACAGGCUGUGUCCGGCUUCUUUGUAUGGACAGCAUUGUUGUUUACCUGCCACCAGAUCUACAUGCACUUGCGCUACUACAGUUCUCCAAACGAGCAGAGACACAUAGUGCGCAUCCUCUUCAUCGUUCCCAUCUAUGCUUUUGACUCAUGGCUCAGCCUUCUCUUCUUCACCAACGAUCAGUACUACGUCUAUUUUGACACAGUCAGAGACUGCUAUGAAGCAUUUGUGAUCUACAACUUUCUGAGCCUUUGUUACGAGUACCUGGGAGGUGAGAGUGCCAUCAUGUCUGAGAUCAGAGGGAAGCCCAUCGAGUCCAGCUGUGUCUAUGGGACUUGCUGCCUUUGGGGCAAGACCUAUUCUAUUGGCUUCCUCAGAUUCUGUAAGCAGGCCACACUCCAGUUCUGUGUGGUGAAGCCCCUGAUGGCGGUGGUCACUGUCAUCCUGCAGGCCUUUGGAAAAUAUCGUGAUGGAGACUUCAAUGUGGCCAGCGGGUAUCUGUAUGUGACCAUCAUCUACAAUGUCUCAGUCAGCCUGUCCCUGUACGCUCUCUUCCUCUUCUACUUCGCCACCCGAGACCUGCUUAGCCCCUACAGCCCUGUGCUCAAAUUUUUCAUGGUUAAAUCAGUCAUCUUUCUUUCCUUUUGGCAAGGUAUGCUCCUGGCCAUCCUCGAGAAAUGUGGUGCAAUUCCAAAGAUCAACUCUGCCGAGGUGUCUGUUGGUGAGGGCACUGUGGCAGCUGGCUAUCAGAACUUCAUUAUCUGCAUUGAGAUGUUCUUUGCUGCCGUGGCCCUGCGCCAUGCUUUCACAUACAAAGUGUACAUGGAUAAGAGGCUGGACUCGCAUGGCCCUCUUCCAACUUAUGGACAGUACGGUCGCUCGGCUCCUAUGAAAAGCAUCUCAAGCAGUCUGAAGGAAACCAUAAACCCUGGGGACAUGGUCCAGGACGCCAUUCACAACUUCUCUCCAGCUUAUCAGCAGUACACUCAACAGUCCACUCUGGAACAAGGGGUCAAAGCACCACCCCUCUCCCGUAGUCAUAGCUCUAUGAGCGCGCGGGAUACUGAGAAAACCCUCCUGCUCAGCUCUGAUGAUGAGUUUUAGCCCCAGCGUAGGCUCACGCAAACAUCCAAAUAUAUGUAGAGGUACUCUUAUGUAUCUAGGAUAGAUUCUAUGCUGCAAUGCUGUAAUGGUAGUUGAGCCGUUUAUCUUGGGGACACAUCGUUACAGGACCAUAUGACAACUAGUCCAACGAUUUACAUGUUGGAGUAUUACAAGUAUCGCUGCUUAUUGUUUCAUUGUUAUUGACGUGGUGAAACAACAAAUACUUUUGCGGAAGCCUUUUGGUAUGUUCUGCCUUCUAAGUGGUUUAUUUUAAGAGUAACAUUUUUUUCAGUUAUUAAUAGGAAAUAUUUAGUUGGCUUAAUAAGUGCUUAUCAGCAUUUUUACACAUUUAUACUUGAAUUGAUUUGAUUUUUUUCUGAAGGCAUUUACUUAUAGAGUGACAGAAAAAUUUAAACUCAGCAAACUGAACUUAGGAGGAUUUAUAAUCCAAGUAAUGUAUUUGAGUGACAGUGAUCAGUAAGAGUUUGAGGGUUUUUCUUUGUUUCCCAUGCUCAAGCUCAGCUCUGUGUAAGAUGGUCAGUGUUUACAGUUGAUGUAAAAGGGGUUUGCGGGAGUGAGCAGAAGAGGGCUUUAAUAUCUCACAGCGUCUGUUUUGGCAGCUGUAUGGAGCAGGUUUUUGUGAUUGAUGAAUCAGGGACAGAGUGGAGUUGUAGUUAAGAAAGCAACAGUUAAUUGGGCUUGAGAUUUCAGAUUAAGGGAAAUCUGCUCUGGGUUGGGGUUUGGCUGUUAAGCAGACUGGAAUAUUAGGUUGUAACUGGGCAUGUCAGACAUUAACAUGUUUUCUUUAGUGUGUUAGACAUCGAGGAACUGGCAGUACUCUUGGCAAUAAGUCCAUUAUCUGGGUUAGCUGGGGUAAAAUAAAAACUGCUAUAGUUAUGCAGAUAAAUGCUGCUUAAACUGCAAAAUCAUCUAAAUGUACAUCCCAAAUAUUUCCUAAUGAGGCAGUAAAGAGUGAAACUAUAAAUGUUUUAUCUUUGUACUUUUUAAUUUUCUUUUUGUAUGCUUAUGGCAGUUGACUUAGCUCCUUUAUGAGUAGGCUUACUCUAGGUAAAUAGGCCCAUUAUUUCUUGAGGGCCACUAGAGGGAGGCAUCCUGUACAGUAUGAGGGCAUCGGCACCUUAUCUCAGUAGGACAUAUUAGCUGCUAUGGUGUGUUUCUAAUGGCCACAUCGAUAUUUCCUUCCUGUUCCUUUGUGGUUUUUCUUCAUUUCAGUUCUCUUACGGUAGCACUACUGCCUUCCUGGCCUAGACUCUGCUUGUUGUGGAUAUUGUUAUAUCUUUGGCCUAUCUAGCAUUAGAGUGAAGUAUUUAUGUCUGUCUUGCUCUUAUUUGUGCAAUAGAGGCCAGUAUAAAUUAUCUAGCUACAGCAUUUAAGUAUAUUUAUGGUACCUGCUUUUUAGUAUGUUAGUUUUUGGUUUGCAUUCUUAAUAGAGGAUUUCUGGAAAUAUUUCUCAUUAAUGCACUAAAUCUAGCCCAGUGCCCUAAAGGAAAUCUGAGGCUUUUGAGUAACUCAUCCCAGUCAUUUAUUCAGGGGGCAUCCAGACAUUCUGUACAUUCAAAUAAUUGUAACAAGCUUUCUUUGCUGUAAGGAAGCUAAUCCCAAAAUUGUUGAAAAUGAUUUAGAGAGAGGUGGCAUGGCGGUGUCGUGGGUAGUGUUGCCGCAUUACACCUCCAGGGUUCCUGCCUUGAUCCCGAGGUUGGGUUACUGUGUGUGGCGUACCUGUACAUGAUCUCCUCGUGUUUGUGUGGGUGUCCUCCAAACUUCCAAAAACUUGCUGGUAGGUGUACUCUAGGCAUGAAUGAGUGUGUGAAUGAAUAUAUGGGUGUGUCCAGCCUUGUGAUGGACAGAAGUUUCGUUAAGGGUGUAUCCAUGCCUUCAGAGGAAUCUGGAUCCACCUCACCCAUGACCAGGAUAAAGUAAUAACUGACCAGGAAUGAAUGAUUUAGAGAGAAAAUCAUUAUUGUUACUAGGUAUGAAACUGUCAAGGCUAUCAGGGCCUUUUGUACACUAGGAUAUAUUUUAAGCACAGUUAGAGCAAUAGCAUGCAUGAUCAAGCAAAUGCUUUGAUAUUUUUUACAUUUUUAAUGUGCCAUUGUAUAUUUUUCCUGCAAAGAUGAUGCUUCUAUUUUUCCUUGUGAUGUCCCUACAAAAUAAUAAAUAAGGAUUUUAUCUGUA